CGGUGGUGUCCGCUCGGUCCCCGGGGACGUGCCGCGAUGAAGGCGGGCGUGAUUCACUGUAGAUGUUCCAGGUGUUUUUCUUUCCCUUCAAAGCGAAGGAUAAGAAAACGGCCUCGAGUCCUGACGUUGUUAAGUCUGCCCGAGGACGUUCUGUUUCAUGUUCUGAAAGGCCUUCCUGCUGAGGACAUCCUCUCGGUCAGAGCUGUGCACUCACAUCUUAAAUACCUUGUGGAUAAUCAUGCUAGUGUUUGGGCAUGUGCAAAUUUCCAAGAAAUAUGGCCUUCUCCAAACAAUCUGAAGAUGUUUGAAAGGGCUGCUGAAAGGGGUAACUUUGAAGCUGCUGUGAAGCUGGGGAUAGCGUACCUGUACAAUGAAGGCUUGUCCAUCUCCGAUGAGGGUCGUGCAGAAGUGAAUGGAUUAAAGGCAUCUCAUUUCUUCAGCCUGGCGGAGCGUUUGAAUGUGUGCGCAGCCCCAUUUAUCUGGCUUUUUAUCCGUCCUCCCUGGUCCUUGAGUGGAAGCUGUUGCAAAGCUGUGGUCUACGAGAGUCUCAAAGCAGAGUGUCUGUUGCAGAAAGCUCAAAAAGGAUCCAUUCUCCACUGCUUGGCUAAGGUCUUGAGUCUCUUUGAGGAUGAAGAAAAAAGAAAAGAAUCCCUUGAAAUGUUUGAAGAAUCUUCAAAGCAGGGUUGUUUAAACAGCUCCUACCUCCUUUGGGAAAGUAACAGAAAGGCUGCUAUGUCAGAUCCUGGCAGAUACCUCCAAAGUCUCAGGAAGCUACGAGACUAUGCAGCAAAGGGCUGCUGGGAAGCACAGAUAGCUUUAGCCAAAGCUUGUGGGAAUGGAAACCAACUAGGAUUAGAAGCAAAAUCUUCCGGUGAAAUGGUGUCUCAAAUCUUUCAAGCUUCCCUUCCUAUCAGCAAGCAAAGUAUCUUCACUGUGCAGAAAGGAAUGAAUGAAACAAUGAGGUACAUCCUGAUUGAUUGGCUGGUAGAAGUGGCUACCAUGAAAGACUUUUCUAGCCUAUGCCUUCACAUGACAGUGGGAUGCGUGGAUCGUUAUUUGAAGCUGAGACCUGUACCUCGGGCUCGACUCCAACUUUUGGGAAUAGCCUGCAUGGUCAUUUGCACACGUUUCAUCAGCAAAGAGAUCUUGACAAUACGGGAAGCUGUCUGGCUAACAGACAACACAUACAAAUACGAAGACUUGGUCAGAAUGAUGGGCGAGAUCAUUUCUGCCCUAGAAGGAAAGAUAAGGAUACCUACCAUUGUGGACUACAAAGAAGUAUUGUCAAACAUAGUCUCGCUGGAGAGAAGAACUCUUCACCUUUACAGCUUCAUUUGUGAACUGUCACUCUUAAACACAAGCCUUUGUGUGUAUUCCCCAGCUCGGCUGGCUGCUGCAGCACUGCUGCUGGCCAAGAUACUACACAGGCAAGCACACCCCUGGACCAGCCAGCUGUCUGAGUGCACCGGUUUCUCUCUUGAAGACCUGUUGCCCUGUGUGCUAAGCCUCCACCAAAAGUGUUUCCAUGAUGAUGUCCCAAAGGAUUAUAGGCAGGUGUCCUUAACUGCAGUGAAACAACGAUUUGAAGAUGAGCGUUAUGAAGAAAUAGGCAAAGAAAAGAUGAUGAGUUACAGCCAGCUCUGUUCGUUGUUGGGUGUGAAACAGGAGGACCCGGAGCCCAGUCCCUUGCACACGAACGUCGUGGAAAUUCAGACUUUCCUUAGCUCUCCCUCUGGGAAGAGAACUAAAAGGAGGAGGGAAGACAGCAUUCAGGACGACAGAGGCAGCUUUGUGACUACACCCACAGCAGAGCUAUCCACCCAGGAAGAAAGUCUUCUAGAUAACUUCCUAGACUGGAGUUUAGAUUCCUGCUCUGGUUAUGAAGGUGAUCAGGAAAGUGAAGGCGAGAGAGAUGGAGAUGUGACAGGUCCCAGUGGGAUCUUGGACGUGACGGUGGUCUAUAUGGAUCCUGCGGAGCACUGCUGUCAGGACUCCAGUGAUGAAGACAACCUAGCUGUAGAGUGGGCUGGGCACGCGGCACCACUGAGGGAGGCUAAGCUGCUGGAUGACACUCGCAGCCUUUCAGCAUAUCUCACCCCAAGAAAUCCUAACUCGGAAGGGAGCUCAGGCUACUCUUCCGUCAACAGUGCCAGUCCUACAUCUUCUGUAGAAGGCAGCCUUGGAGUACCUCUCAAACCUACCUCAGCACUGUCUCUUAGCAGUGCCAUGAACAAGGAGCCAUGCCUGCCUCAUUACCUGGAAUCACGUUUACAGUCAGUCUGUGCUAGGCCUAGUGACGGCAAGUGUGACAGAAGGCAAGUCAAGCGAAAAAAUGUGGCAGAACACAGCGAAGAAAGGAUGAACUUGGGCUUCUUAAGCCUCUGAUUUCUUCAUGCUCUUUCCUUUUCUAGGAUUCCUGGAAACAGUAUUUCUGUUGUAGUCAUACAGGGAUGAUAGUGAAUAAUUGUCAAUACCUCCAAAAAGAGCCUUUCCCCUCAACUUUGCCUAUGCCUAUCUUGUAAUUCUGUAGCUCGCUUCUGGGCCAUUUCCUUCCUUGAUAGCUGCCUUUUUAAAGUAUUCCCUGUUGUCUGAUCCUCUGCAAAGUAAGAUUCUUCUCCACAUAUGAAACCUUAUAGCUCAUUUUUGUCAUACCUCACCAGUUACUCCUUGGUGAUAGAAAAGAACUUGUCAUGUCCCUUGCUUCGCUGUGAGGCCUGGCACUAUAAAAGAAAGCAAUCGACUUUGGUUCUCGAGUUACUGGAUGUAACACUAUGCUUGAAUUCUUCCCCUUGAAAGACCUUUUUGAGGUUGUGCUGCCUUUUCCUUCUGGCCAGGUACUGUCUCACUCAGCUGGUGUUUCCCUCUUUUAUGUAUAUACCAUUUGCUGCACUGAUACAAGGUUUUUAUGGAUACAAUCAAGAGGUAAAUGAAGGCUCACUACAGGUCUGAGCUUUUUUACCUACCUCUCAGAUGGUUUUAAACCCCAUUUGUCUCUGGCUCUAGUUGCUGUGUUUUCCUCACCUGAAAAAAUCCUCCUCCUGUGCCUUAAUGCUUCACUGCCCAGUGCGACAGCAAUGUGAGCUCUGCCAACUAUUAGUCUCUGCUGGAACAGGGUGGUUGAACUGCCACCUCCAGCCAGUUUCCUUUCCUGUCUCGCACAGUCUUCCUUGCUAUUUCCAUUCAUGUGACCUCAAGGAAAGCACGCAUCACUUGAACACUAGAAACAGGCAGCACUGCAGUAAGGGCAGAGAGUUUGUCUUACUGAAAGCCCUACUUUAAGCCUUGCUACUGGCUCCUGAUCUGCAAAGGCAGCAUAUGCUUUUCUUAUCAAAAAUGCAAUCUGUGCUGCUUCAGUAACAAUUUGAAGAAACCACCUACACUGACCUCAGCCUAGCAAGCCUGGGUUAAAGCUCCUUCAGCCUGUGAACAUUAGGAAAACAGCCUUCUCUUUACAAACAGGGAGUGAGCAUUGAAAUACCAAGGUACAAGACUUCCAGGAGAUGUCACUGAAUUUAACACUGGAACUGGACUCCACGACUCUUCCUUUGUUUAGAAGUUACUGUGGCAGAUGGCAACAGUUCAGAUACACACAGUGUAGUGACUUUUUUUUUUAUAAAACUUUUUUUAAUAUAGAUGGCUCCCUGUCUUACUUCAAUGACUGGUAUCCUACUCACCUAUUUCACUGACCUGGGGCUUGGAGA